AUGGCUAAACUAAAAAUGGCUCGAUUGAGACCGAAUUUUAUAACGGUCUGUGAGCCGAUGAAUUUAGAUGGCUAUAGAUGUCAAGAUUUAGAUGAUACCGUGAUAAUGGAGGAGUAUCAGUGCAGUUCGGACUCUUAUCCCUCUUGGGCGCUUAGUUCAGCUUUUGUUUCCUUUCCCAGUGGCCACACUAGUUUAACCUCGUACUCUAUGGUAUUUUUAGUGGGUUAUUUGUAUUUGCUGUCUUUGAAAUUUAAACAUCUGAAGAUAUUUUCAUGGCUGGUAUUGUUAAUUGUGCAAAUCUGCUGCCUACUGAUGAUUUUGUUUGUGGGAGCGAGUCGUGUUUUCGAUUACAGACAUCACUGGACCGAUGUCUGUGCUGGUUUUAUUAGUGGCUCCAGUGUGGCCUUGGUACUCAGUUGGUAUUUGAAGGAACAGCUGAGUAAUAUAGAGAAAUGGUUAAAGGAAAUUGCCAGUGAUUUGGCAAUUGAAGAGAACACAAAGGCUUCUAAUGUCAAUGUGCAGGAGAAGGAAGAAUCUUGUGCUAUAGAGUUGGGCAGUGCAUAA